AUGCCAUCAAGUCUCAAAGUGGAAGUGAGCGUGACUCCCGAGGAGCUUCAGCCACUGCCAGUUUAUCCUCUGAAGGAUGUGGAGGCUUCGUCGCGUCCGGAGCCAAUCUAUCAUGACUACCAAACGGGCAUUCCUAUCGCGAUUGACUUGGGUCGUUCAACCAUGAAAAUCGGGCUUGCAAACAAAAAGUCGCCUUCCAAUGUGUUCCCCUCAAUAAUAUCCAAAUAUAGGGAGCGGAAACUUAACAAGACGCUUACGAUCCUUGGUAACGAUAUCUACCUGGACUCCUCCAUCAAGUCCAGUAUGAGGUCCCCCUUCGACGGUCCAAUGAUCACCAAUUGGGAUACUAUCGAAACCCUGUUGGAUUACUCGUUUGCGCAUUUGGGUGUCAAUUCUUCUGGAAAGGUGGACAAUCCAAUUGUGAUGAGCGAGGUGCUUGCUGCCCCUCUGCAACAACGGUCUACCAUGAUGCAGCUAGUGUUUGAGGCGUACUCUACUCCCAAAGCAGCUUUCGGGGUUGACUCUUUGUUUUCGUUCUACGAGAACAAGGGAAGCAGUGGAUUGGUCAUCUCGUCUGGCCAUGACGCCACGCAUCUGAUACCUGUGGUAUCCGGUAAGCCCUUGCUGAACAUCUCCAAGAGAAUAGACUGGGGAGGCAGUCAAUCUGUGAACUAUCUUGCGAAGUACAUGCCAUUGAAAUACCCAUUCUUUCCGUCGAAGAUCAACAAUUACCAGAUCGGGAAUCUAAUCAAGGACCACUGCUAUGUGUCUUCAAACUACAAUCAGGAACUCAGCCAGUAUCUGGAGAUGGAUGUUUUGGAGAAUAAGGACAGGGUCAUAGAGGCGCCGUUUUUGGAGGUAAUCAAGGUACAAAAAACUGAGGAGGAGCUCCGGAUCGAGACAGAGAAGAGAAAAGAAAGUGGCCGUAGACUACAGGAGCAGGCCCAGAAGGCGAGGCUGGAGAAGUUGGUCCAAAAAGAACAGGAGUUUGCAUAUUAUUCGGAAUUGAAGGUAAAACUUCAGAAUGGAACGAAGAAGCUUAUCCUUUCAACAUUGCAAACCGAAGGGUUUGAUAACGAGGCUGCCCUUGACAAGUACAUCGCCAAUUUGGAUAAGUUUUUGAAGAGAGUGAGAAACCAGGAUCUCGGUAUAGAAGAAACCGAAGAAAUCCCCACUUUCCCUCUUCUGGAAGUACCAGACGAGCAACUUGACGAAGAACAGCAAAAGGAGAAGAAAAAGCAAAGACUAAUGAAGGCCAAUUAUGAUGCCCGCAUGCGCGCAAAGUUAGAGAAGGAAGAGCAGAAGAAGAAGGUAGAGGAGGAUGCUUUGAAGGACAAGCAAUGGAGAGAAACAGAUAUACAGGGCUGGAUUGCAGAUAGAAAGGCCAAAUUGGACAAGUUGAUCCAGCGAAAGAAGGAGAGGAGAAGAUUGAAGGAGGAACUGAGCGACAGAAAGUCCAGAGCUGCGCAGAUAAGGAUGAAAAAUCUUGCUUCGUUGGCUUCAGACGAUGGGCCUGGAGAUGCUUCUAAUAGGCGUAAGAGGGCAGCCGUUACUAUCGAUAAUGAUCCCAACGAUACUUUUGGUGCUAACGAUGACGAUUGGGCAGUCUACAGGGACAUAGCUCUGGUGGAUGACGACGAAGCCGAGGAAGAAGAGGAGCAGGCUCUUUUGACUCUGGAGCAGGAGCUGCUUGAGUUCGACUCUGAGUUCUCCAUCGAAGAUACAUUCUACCGUCAAUUUGAUUGGAGGAAGAGCAUUCUGCACAGAUUUCUAAGAGGACCCAGGGAGUUCAACCCCGAGGAUGCUCACCAACAGCACCAGAUUCAUUUGAACGUGGAAAGAAUAAAGGUUCCAGAGGUUCUAUUCCAACCUUCAAUAGCAGGUAUUGACCAGGCAGGAAUCUCCGAAAUUUCAGAGGAUAUUCUUCUGAGAAGACUGCCCCAAGAGAAGGGCUUCUCUGGAGAUAUUCAGCAGGACAUUCUGAAGGACAUCUUCUUGACUGGUGGACAAGCUCUGUUCGAGAACUUUGAAGAUCGUAUCUACAACGACUUCAGAAGUUUCUUGCCAGUGGACGCCAACUUGAGGGUAAGAAAGGCCAAUGACCCAAUUCUGGACGCCUGGAGGGGUAUGGCCUCUUGGUCCACAUCUUCGGAUAGUGCUGACUACUUUAUCUCCAAGCAAGAGUACGAGGAAAUGGGCCCUGAGUACAUCAAGGAGAACAGGAUGGGAUGCGUCAGGCUGUAA